AUAUGUCAAAACAAUUUUUUCCUAUUCGAGGGGGUAUUCCUAUGCAAGUUCUGACCUCAACGGCUGUCCAUGAGCACAUAUUAAACUGUAGGCUUAUUAUCUAAGCAAUACUAAAUUCAUUGUAAUUGGGUUAUACUUUAGUUUAUAAUGGCUUUUACAAUGCUUCGGCCGGUGGCAACUCACCCCUUCUCCUCCUACCCUCCUGAUCUCAACAUGAUCUCGGACGACGAGGAGAACCGCAGCGAGAGCGACGGCAGCUCUGACCAGAGCUAUGAAUGCUGUGCCUCUUCAGAUAAGACUUGUCGGCAGCUUUCCCGCAUGGUGGGAGUCGGUGGGGUUGUUGUGGUCAAACAGCGCAACACAGCCAACGCCAGGGAGCGAGACCGGACCCAGAGCGUCAACACCGCCUUCACCGCGCUCCGGACACUCAUACCCACGGAGCCGGUGGACAGAAAGCUCUCCAAAAUUGAAACGCUCCGGUUGGCGUCCAGCUACAUCUCACACUUGGCCAACGUUCUGGUGCUUGGUGACGGGCGUGAGGAUGGGCAGCCGUGCCUGAGUGCAGUGUACCGCGCGCAAGGACAUGGAGAGAGGAAGCAACCCAGAACUAUCUGCACCUUUUGCUUGAGCAACCAGCGAAAAGGGGGGAAAGAUGGUCGGGGUUGUCUGAAAAUGCGUGGAGCCAGUGCACUACGAAUGAGCCGAAAAUAGACGGCUCUCAGACUUCAAGGAUUGUUGAAUUCAAGUCAGCACCUCAGGGAAAAAACUCGAGCUAACACACCCGCUGUACAUAUACCGACACAUAGGCCAGAAUGCCCUCCAACUGUGGGAAAAGACUGUCAAAAAGACGCGUUUCAGGAAUUUGUUCGUGUGAGAAAAGGCUACUCCUCUCUGCCGCAAUGCUGGUUAUGGAAAAUGUGAUUUUGGAGAAACAUUGUCAUAAAUGAGACUUUAUUUGGUUGCCUUUUCAACACCAUUUUGAAUUUUGCUUUAAAAUUAUAUUUUUACAUA